UCCAAACCACGCAUCAUCUCACAAAAAUGGAUCUGCAGAAGUACUACUACUCCUAUGCCAUGGAUGAUCCGGCCGUCGUCUACCUCGCCUUAGCCCUGGCGUCGCUCCUGUUCAUCUCGCUGCUCUCCAGGCGGCGCCGCCGCUCGCCGGGGGCGGAAGGCGGCGAGAAGCUGCGGCUGCCGCCGGGGCCAUGGACGCUGCCGAUCAUCGGCAGCAUGCACCACAUCGCGGGCCGGCAGCUGCCGCACCAGGCCAUGCGCAACCUGGCGAGGCGGCACGGGUGGCCGGUGAUGCUGCUCCGGCUCGGCGAGGUGCCCACGCUGGUCGUCUCCUCCCGCGCCGGCGCGCGGGAGGUGAUGCGCGGCCACGACGCCUCCUUCGCCACCCGGCCCCUCAGCGCCACGGUGAGCGUGCUCACCAACGGUGGCCGGGACAUCAUCUUCGCACCUUACGGCGAGCACUGGCGGCAGCUCAGGAAGAUCGCGGUCACCGAGCUCCUCACGGCCCGCCGGGUCCGGUCGUUCCGGUCCAUCCGGGAGGAGGAGGUCAACGCCAUGCUCCGGGCGGUCAACGCCGCCGCGGUUGACUCGGUCAGCAUUGACAUGAGGGCCAUGCUGUCCGUGCUGGUCGCGGACAGCACGGUGCGGGCGGUGAUGGGUGACCGGUGCAAGGACCGGGACGUGUUCCUGAGGGAGCUGGACCGGUCCAUCGGGCUCGCGGCCGGGUUCAACCCGGCCGACCUAUGGCCCUCGUCGCGGGUCGCCGCCUGGGUCAGUGGCUCCGUGAGUCGGGCCCAGGAGUGUCGUGAUAUCGUGUUUGGGAUUCUCGACCGCAUCAUCGCCGAGCACCUCAAAAGAAUGAAUGAUGACACUGGCAAAGAAAAUGCUGGGGCGGAGGAGGACCUCAUCGACGUGCUGCUUCGGAUCCAAAGGGACGGCGAGCUCCCCCUCGACAUGGACUCCAUCAAAGCCGUUGUUUUCGACAUCUUUGGCGCGGGCAGCGAGACAUCGGCGACAACACUGGAGUGGGUGAUAGCGGAGCUGGUAAAGAACCCAAAGGUGAUGAAGAGGGCGACGGCGGAGGUGCGGCAAGCCUUCGAGGCCGGCGGCAAGGUGGUGGAGGAGCAGCUCGGCGAGGCCGUCCCGUACCUCCACCUCGUGAUCCGGGAGACGUUCCGGCUCCACACGCCGCUCCCGCUCCUCCUCCCCCGCGAGUGCCGGGAGCCAUGCAAGGUGUUGGGCUACGACGUGCAACCCGGCACGCAGGUGCUGGUCAACGUGUGGGCCCUGGGCCGUGACGAGAAAUACUGGCCUGACGGGCCGGAGGAGUUCCGGCCCGAGCGGUUCGAGGCCGCCACCGACGCGGCCAAGGUGGACUUCAGGGGCUCGGACUUCGAGCUGCUGCCGUUCGGGGCCGGGCGGAGGAUGUGCCCUGGCAUGGGGUUUGGGCUCGCCAAUGUGGAGCUCGCGCUUGCUAGCUUGCUGCUGCACUUUGAUUGGGAGGCGCCCGGCUUGGCCGACCCGGCGGAGUUCGACAUGACCGAGGCUUUCGGUAUCACGGCGAGGCGCAAGGCCGGGCUCCUGCUGCGCCCCGUCCUCCGUGUGCCCGUCCCCGGCAUCUAGCCGGCCGGGAUGACUUCGCCGGUCGGGAGCUCGGCUCAACGAAAUUUCAACCCAAAAAAACAUGAUGUGUUAGUGUUUCUUUUUUGUUGCGAGGAAGACGUGUUUGUUACAAAAUCAAAAUAAUACUAUACUACGGAGUACAAAAAAAAAAACUGUC